AUGUCAACCCACGGAGUGAACAUUAAACCAAUCAGUAGUAGCGACUCUUCAAAUCCAAUUAGGAAAAAAGUGGAAUCAUUGGUUUCUCAAAAACUACACACCGAUCAGGACUUUAUGAGAAUGAUGGAUUAUAUUGCACCAAUGGUAAAUGAAAUUGAUAUUCAUGUGGAACGAAGAUUGAUGUACAAGUUAGAGGAACAAAAAAUUAAAGCAAAUCGGGAUUAUGUGAAAUCUUUUGGACUGGUAAAUGAUCGAGUACAAGAUUUCGCGUCUAAAGUUAAGCAGUUAAAUAGUAUAUGUCAGGAUAUGGCGAAUAAAAUACAGUCAAAUAAAGCAAAAACACAAGAUUUGUUAACAAGAACUGCUGCACUGCAAAGUGAAAAGUAA